AUCACGCAUUUGGCUUGUGGACAAACUCGGCCUUUGGAAUCCCUACCGCGUUCCGGUUAGUUUGAGAAAGAUCGUGGCUACUUUCAAAAGGUUGUAAGGAGCCAAUUCACGACUCUUUCAGUUUUAGCGGGAAAACUGGAAAAUGAAAGCUAACGGUGGUUGUAAUCCAGGUGGUAAAGACAGAAAGCGCAAGAUUUGCGACCAGGCGGCGGAACAAGAGAGGAUGAAAGUUCCACAGAGUGCAUCGAGGCGGCACAGAGAAAAGAUAAAUGCAACUUUGGAGGAGCUUGGCAGUCUUCUCCCGCUGCCAGAAGAUGCCAGAUCAAAAUUGGAUAAACUGACAGUUUUGAAACUAUCUGUCAGCUAUUUCCAAACUCAAAAUUAUCUUCAGUCUGGGAAAAGAAAGAGACGUGUGGAUGAUGCAUCUGUAAAUGACAUAACCAAGAAACUUGAUGAGAUGAACAUAAAUGUCAGUGAUAUUUCAUUGGAGGCCUUGGAUUCCUUUUUCCUGGUUCUGUCAGAUUCAGGAGAUGUCUUCUUUGCGUCAGAGAAUGUCUAUAGAUAUCUUGGAUACACUCAGACAUUUUUGAUGCACCAGAAUUUCCUCAAUUUUGUACACCAGGAAGAUGUUGUAGGAUUUGAAAGAUGCUUACGACGGUCUGCAAGAGCUAGAAUUGUCGAGUUGGAAAACGGAAUAGGACUUGAUUGUCAAGAAUUGGAAGAACAACCAAUUCCUCAAUUGUGCUUCUGCAGCAUCAAGUGCCAUGCAGGAAGACAGUCAAGCCACGUUAGUCCAUUCUACUAUAGGUCAUUUAAAUUUGACGGAAAAAUCAAGCCUCUACUGAAUGGCAAGAAGAAGCAGUUUGGAUUAUUUGCUCUUGUUACUCCAGUCAACCCCGCCAAUCCAUUUACCAGUACUCCUAAAGAGUUGCUUCAGUUGUACAGUUGUAAGAUGGGACUAGAUCUGAGGGUACGCAAGCUUGACACAAGAGGACAGAAAUCUUUGUUUUAUCCUGAUAAGGAGGCUGUAAAUAUGACCGGUUAUAUGAUUGCUCAUCCUGACGAUAUCCCAAGUCUGAUGUUGGCCCACCAACAAAUCACAGCUACAGGAGUAUGUGAAAUAGUGUUCAGGCUUACAAAUGGUCAAGGAGUAUUCCAGUGGAUCAGAGGGAAGGCAAGGACUCUGUAUGAUAAGAAUAACAAGCCAGAGGCUAUUACUGCUGACAAUGUUCUUUUGAACGAUGAACAAGGACCAUACUUCAGAAAGGUUUGUUAUGAAGCGCUCCUUGAAUGGAAGUCUCGUCAGAAGUCUCUUCCUUCGGUUCCCGGUGAGGAUGACCACAAUGCACGUCUGAUGGUAAUUAGUCAAGAAAAAGGGCUUAAAACACCACCACCACCACCACCACCACCACAAGCGAAUGGACUUCAAACGGGCGCUGUUCCUUCAUCUGUUCCUUCAUCUGUUCCUUCCCGGUCACAAAAUGUACCAGAUGAACCACGCCCAGUGGAUUUGCCGUGUGCAGUAGACAGAUCAUAUCCCCCACCCCCACCAAACGGACUACUUCCACAAGGCAUAACAGGUGCAUCAAGUGGGGCACACACAGGGAUACCAACCCCAUUGGGUAGAUCAUUCUCGUCCAACAGACCUGUUUCAGCUGCCGUGCCACCUCUGGCCACUUCCAGGGAAACUGGUAACAUCAGUGGGCAAGGAAUGACUGUCGUACCUGAUGAAGUGUUACUGGACGACUCCAAAGAUAUUGAGAUUACUGACUUUAGCAGUGCAACCAAUGUGGCAGAACCUAGCGGUCCUAAAUUGCCUACGUUUGACUUGACGUCAGGUUCAUCAAAGUCGUGUAUGUUUGGGUCUGCACACCUGAACAGGCAGCCUGUAGAGAUGAAGCCAACUUUGGCGCACAGUGGAACUGGUCACAACUUCAAGACGGAAAACCGGAAUGAUUCAACUCAUUUGUUCUCAAAACGGAGUAAGUCGGCUCACGAAGAGAUUCAUCGCAUCAAACAAUUCCUUAUGGGUGAUGAAGCAAACUCCUUAACCCAUCUACCUCGGGCUGAUAACACACUUGCUAUCAAUGGGGGAAGUGUUCACAAUGUCGCUGAUCCUUGGGCCGGUUAUCCAGUUGACUCAUCGCCUGUUCUACCUGAGGUAAGUUUCCCGGAUGACGACGAUGAGUGUUCGAUGAACUAUCCACAGGCUUUGCAGAGUGAAAUGCGUCCGCCUUAUCAACCAAACGGGUGCACUUUACCCGGGAUGGUUCAAGGCAAUGUUACGAGCACGCAGUUCGUUGGAACUCAACAACCCGACGCAGAUAACUUUGUAUAUCCGUUUUUACCAGACAUGAGUAGCCUCAGCCAUGUGAAUUCUUCAAACGCCUUUGUUAACGGCAUAUCUAAGCAGGAAAUUCAUCAGAUGUCAGCAACCAUAGAUGGAUUGCCAUCAUCGUUGCACAAUGGGCAGGAGUUUAAUCCAGCAUUCCGUUCCCCAGAGGGAACCCUCCCUCAGUCAUUUACGCCGAGCUACCAACAUAACCAUAAUGGACUACCCCACCCUCAAAGGGGUGCUGGUUUUAACCCAGUCGUAGAUGCUACUUCUGCAAACCAUUUUCCUCUUGAUUUUAUGUUAAACUCCAACACCACAAGUGUACCAAGUCAAGACACUAGCCUGUGGUUUUCAUCAACUAAUGCCACUAACCUAGCUCAGAAUUUGCCCCCAAAAAUCGAAGAUAUGCCAAGCGUGGAUGAAAUUACGCCAAGCUUGUAUGCAAACACUACCAUGGCUCCUUACACUAACCCUGAACAGUUUCACAAUGGACAUCUCUCAGAAUCUGUGCAGCUAUCCGAUGCAUUUCAGCCUCCGAAUGGUAUGCACUUAAACCAGUCCGGUGUGAAUCAACGCUUUCAAAAACAAACUUCUCAGAAAGAGCCCGGAGGUGCGAAGAAUGUGGAUCCAAAUUUACAUCAAGGUGGAAAUAGCUUACUUAGAAUGAUGCUUACCCUAUAACUAGAGAGUCUAACUUGGUUGUUUGCAUGAAAAUGGUGUGGCAGGGAAAGGAAGUCUUGCUCUGUUUCUUAGCUUCCGAGAGACGCGCGACCCUUUUAUACGUUUUAAUUAACGGUUGCUUCAAUUCAAACGGGAGCUAGUAAGAGCAUUUUUCAAUUGACUGUCGAAGAACGGAAACCAAAGUUAUCAUAACAAAGAAAAGCAUUAUCGUUAGCCGAUGAUAACUCAUAUUUAAUACAGGCAAACUACCCAAAGCGUGGGAAAAUGUGGGUGACCAAGCCACGACUGAUGUUGGUGUUGCGUCUGAAAGGAUGGCACGAGUUUUCUGGGCUAACCACAGAGCGAGGUAAAGCAGAACUUAAGUAAUUCCGGAUUACUUGCGACAUUCCAUUGAAAAUUGCUCUAUGUGUAAAGCAACAGAAAUACUUUAUUAUGUGAAAACGCUUACUUGGUACCAAAUAAGUCAGCGGUCGUAAAUUUUCACCCCAGCACGAACGUCGAUUAAACGACUACGCGCUACUCAGUCGAUCGGUCUGUACGUUGCUUGUCGGAUAAAAAUUUCGGGAGAAAUUCGGUCGGCAUUCGGUAGCCUUUUUGUUCGUGGUGUGUUGUCGGUAACUAGUCAGCUUAAGAGUUUAAGGAGUAAGUUAAGAAGUGACUCGAUAAAGUGACCUCAAACGUUGUAUUUAUCAGUUAAAUCUGUUUGAGGUGACUUUGGUUUGUUGGUAGAUAUUUCCUGAAUAAUCUAUGUUGGUGAAGAAGUCGAUAGUUCGUCAAAGUUUUCAUUCGUUUGGUUGCGGUUUUUCCGCGAUCAUCGAUCGGUCAAACAUCGAGGUAUCCAUAGUUCGUCUUUAAAUUUUCGGCAACUUUUGAGCGGCUACUAGGCAGAUUACAAAUAGCUUAAUACAUUAAUACAUUUUUUAAAAGAAUAGUUUUCCCGCUUAAGAGAAAGUCUUACUUAAAGUAGAGAAUAGUGUCUUGAAUUAUUUCUUGUACUAGUUUUACAAACACGUCGUAAUAUAAUCGUAACUAAAUUGUCGUGCUACCAUACAAAUUAUUUCACAUUAGUUUAGGCCAAUUUGGAUUAUAGAAAAUAAAUUUCUUAGUAAAAGACUGCGUAAAAGUAUUUUGGUCGGGUAAAUAACAUUAGAAAGCUAAAAGCAAAUUGAAAAGCAACUAGGACAAAUGAAGAUUUAAAUGAUAUAUCGGAAUGAAAAUGACGAGUUCUAGACACUAGUAAGCCUCUGAAAUCGUAACGUAGCUACUUCUAACUUGAGGGCCUAGUAAUUCGGUGGGCGGAUGAGAUUAUACACCAAGGCCUAGUUGUUCACAGGGUGGAUAAUGCUAUCCACUGGAUAAACAUCUUUCCGGUGAUAGCGUAGUAAACUUUCUUCACAGUUAACCACUGGAUGGCGAUUUGUCCGUCGGAUAGUGCUAUCCGUCCUCUGAACAACAGGGCGCGGUUAAAUCGCACUCUUAGUAACAUUGUAGUGUGAUGUGUUGUGUUAAAAGUUGAACAUUAGCCACGCUUUGAGAAACAGUAUUCCAUUACCUGUUGUGUUGUGUGACUCAUCAGAGUAUGGGUCGGUCUAUAUUGUAUUACUAGGCAACAGUGAGGUGUUACGUUGUUGUAAUGAAAUGCCGUGGAAAGAGCGUCUUCCCCAAGAAGAGUCGCGUACCUACUACUCGGGUCGUUGUUAGAUGAACGUAAACGGCGGCCUGUUUCGUGUGUGUUUUACUCAUUAGAUUUAUAUUGGAAUUUUAUUCAUGGGACAUAGUCGGGACUUGAACAAGUGUCCCCUGAACAGAAAGGAGGCUUCAAUUUGCUCAUGCCAAUUUUUUUAGGACGUAAACGGACAUCUCUGGAAUUGGUCCCUUUUCUUUUCACCCUUUAUGUGUUUCUGACGUUUUCAAAAUAAAUUCAUUGAGAAAAGACUCUUCAAUCUUGGCAUCUCUGUACAACGUUUUACAGCUGUGUCCUUAUCUGCCCAAGUAUUUUUAUACUCAUUCUAUGUGAUGGUGUUUCUUGCCUGGAAAGUGUUUCAUUUCAUUACUUUGGGUUUUUCUCAGAAUACUCAGUCUUGUAAGUUAAUCAUUGUAACUGUAAUACGAUGUAAUCUGGAAUAUAUAAAGAGCUUAUUAUUUCUUAUGUCUAAUAAUAUAUCCACUAUAUAGCAAUACAAUCUUGUAUUAUAUGUACAGAACUGAAUGAUGAGAUAUUACUAGCUUCCAGAAAUUAGACUCGCACCCAAUUAUUAUUUGCAUUUUUCGGACGAGAGAAUAUUGGGCGUUAUGACACCUUUUUCUUAAUAAUCUAGAUUCAAGUCUUCUCUCACUUCGAAGGCACCACUAACGACUGGGUGCGAGUCUAUCAAAGUAUGACAACCUGGCUUGAAAACCUAAUAAUUGAAGAAGCUGGCAAAUAAGAUUAUAGCUAUAAAUAAUUCUUUCGGACGAUGUGUCAUUCGUUUUAGGCGAAACUAGCGAAGAUAGAGUAACUUAACGCGUUUAGUAAUGCAUUAUUGCCGACAUACUCCCUGAUCGAUUUUGUAGAAGAAAACGGACUUAAUCCAGGUGUGAUAAUAAAGUCAAGCCCCAUGAUAUUUAGAGAUGGCUUAGCAGCAGAAUUUUAAAAUUACUAGUGUUAUUUACAGUUCAGAGAACGUUUUAUUAUGACAACAGAGAAACUAUUUCUUGUGUUUAUGACAGUAAAGGUAUGGCUAAAUAUG